GCAACAAUUCGGUUUUGUGAGUGACAGAGUACAUAUGGUCAAUGAUGCGUUUCACCGUAUGUUUUUCAAUCUUGGUUCUGGGGGUUGCCUUGACCCAGGCUGGUCCAACAGUAAAGGCAAUAGAGAAGAAGUCAUUGACGGAAGACUCCAACCUUGAGUCCGAGAAGGAAGUUCUGAAGAUCGACGAUCCGGGCUCGGACAAGGACAGAGCAAAGAAAUCAGCUUCUUUCUGCGUGGAGAUCAAGCCUGGUUCCUCCCAUCCGAAUCAAGUUCCCUGUAAGUCUAACCAAGCCGUUGUUCAGAAGUCCACUUUCGAUGUUCAGAGUGAAUCGGCUGCUCAACCUGUUCAAACGUACAGCUUCGUUCAACCUUCUUACGUCCAAUCUUAUUCAGUGCCUCAAGCAAGUAUAACUCUGCCUCAACAAUUUGUUCAACCUUACCAAUCUCUUCAAGUGGUCCAAUCAUCUUCCCAGCCUUAUGCUGAACCCACUCCAUCUGUGAACAUCAUCCCAUCAGUUCCUCAGACAAAUGUUGUCCCGCAAACUUCCGUAGAGAAACCAAAAGCUAAGCCAACUCCAGCUCCCUCGGUAGAGACCAAGGAACGACCAAAGCUUAUGCGUAUCGAACAAGCUCCAGAAGCGCUUCCAGUACCGCAAGAGACUUUAACUGUGUUACCAGUCGCUCCCGCGUACCAUGAACAUUUAUACGCUAUUCCAUCGACUUCCAUGAUGAUACAUACUGAGCCAGAACAGAUGCAAGUAGCCAGUCUUCUUCAAGUUCCAUCGGUGUCUCCUUGCGGUAAUCCUCUUCACGGAAUUCUGAGCCCAUGCCCUUGCCAGAACAAUAUGGCAAUAUUGAGCGAAUCUGCUGUGGAACCCAUGGCCAUUAAAGUAUUGUCUGCAAUGCCCUACUCAACCCAAUUUGCAAGAUCUCCAGUUGUGAUGCCGUACGAUUCCAAAAUGCAUAUUGUACCAAAUGAUCACAUGGGGAAAGCCAGAGCUCAAGGAAGAACCCACGUCCACAGUCACAUCAAUGUGAACGCUGAUCUGCCCCACGUGCGUCAGAUUAUGGAAUCAAGUUAUCCAGCCAUUUACCAAAAAUCACUCGCUCUUGGAAUGAAUACCCUGCCAGUCAAUUCAUAUGCCACCAGGGGAUUGGUGGACAGUGCCUAUGGAAAUUCGGGAAUCACAAUCAAUAGCUAUCCCACGACCUUCAGGGCAGCUUCUCCAAUGAUACCUGUUGUUGGUUCUCUCAGAAACGCGGAGAAUGCUGAAAACAGUCCACUGGCAUUCGAAGUCAAUGAUCUUGUACAAACGAAUAAGAUAGCGAGGGAAAUCGACUCGAGUCAAUUGCCAGCGAAAAUGGAAGAGAUCGAACAGCCAGAAGAUGAUAGCAUGAAAAAGAAUGCCAAGAAAGAAACCAAAGAGAAAUAAAAUCAAUAAUGACUUGUAGUACUCAAAUCUAAAAUGCGAGCGAUUGUUCUUUUUUUAUUUUUGUAUUUGACAAAGAAGAGAAUCAAACUGUGUCAGGUUAUCAAUAAAUAGAUGAUGUCAUAA